AUGCCGGUCACUUCUUUUUUCAAUUCAGAUCACAGGGAAUCUCAAAUCAUCGAAAUCGCGCCCGUCGCCGAAACCCGAUCGCAGUAUCUUCGUCGAUACUUCACGACUUCUGAAGGAUGGAUCGGGAACUAUGAUUAUCUAUAUCUCAUCACACCAAACAUCUGGCCUCUAAACAAGCGAUACAAGAACCAUGAAGCACCAUUCUACGGGCUCAACGAUGAAGUACCCAUUCUCCUCACAAUCAUACUGGGCUUGCAGCACGCAUUGACCAUGAUUGGGUCUGUGGUCUCUCCCCCUUUGGCAAUCGCAAGCGGUGCAUUCAAUUUGGAUGCAGAACAAAGCCAGUAUCUUGUUUCUGCGGCGUUCAUUACUACUGGGAUAGCAACGGCUCUCCAAGUCACCCGGGUGCAUUUGUUCAAUACCCCAUUCUAUAUUGGCACCGGACUACUAUCUGUCGUGGGCCCCACAUUUGAUAUUUUGGCCAUUGCAUUCAGCUAUACGGAUAUGCGGUAUUCAAAUGGGACUUGUCCUAGUUCAUCCGAUGGAUCUAGACUGCCAUGUCCAGAUGCGUGGGGCGCGAUGUUGGGGACAAUGCUUUGCACAGUCUGGAUUCAAAUUCUGAUAUCUUUCAUUCCUCCGAAAAUUCUGAAUAGAAUUUUUCCUAAGGUUGUUACUGGAUCUCUCCUUCUGCUCGUUGGGGUUUAUUUAAUAUCCAGUGGAAUGAAGAGUUGGGGAGGCGGCUCAAAUUGCGACGGAGGAUCGGGGAUUUAUGCGUUAUGUCCCGACAUUGGAGCACCAAAGCCACUUCCUUGGGGUCAUCCCAAGCUCAUUGGUUUGGGCUUUAGUGUCUUUGUCACGAUUAUCGUCGUGGAGAUUUUCGGAUCACCACUUAUGCGUUCUGCAUCAGUUGUAUUCGGUCUAGCAGUUGGAUGUGCUAUAUCCGGAUUCACUGGAUACUGGUCGCGAGAAAACAUCGAGGCAGCCCCGGUCGCAACUUUCCUUUGGGUGCAAACCUUCAAGCUCUCGGUGGACGGGGCACUGGUACUACCCCUUUUGAUCAUGUUCGUAUGCGAGGCUGUUAGCUGCAUGCCAGACAUUUUGGCUACCGCAGAAAUAUCGGGUCUCGAUGUUGAUGGAGUUGAAUUUAACAGCAGAAUACAAGGUGGAAUUCUCUGCGAUGGUAUUGGCAGUCUGAUCAGUGCUUGUGGUACUGGAUUACCCAUGGUCUCCCAAGCUGGUAACAACGGAGUCAUAUCUUUGACUGGGUGUGCGAGUAGGAGAGCUGGCUGGUGCGCUGCCGCCUUCUUGGUUCUCAUGGGCAUAUUCGGGAAAUUUGGAGCUGUCUUCGGCUCCAUGCCGCCGUCCGUGCUUGGAGGAAUGCAAGUCUUCUUGUAUAGCACGAUUGUGGUAGCGGGAAUCAAAGUGCUAAGUUUAAUCGAUUUUACUAGGCGCAAUCGCUUCAUCUUGACGACUGCCCUAGGGAUUGCCUUCAUGGAUAUUGUGGCCCCGACUUGGUUCAGCCAGGUCUUAGCCUACAAUGGUCCUAAUGUGAGGCUUCAGGGAUUUGAGGAGGGAAUCAAUCUUGUGGUAGAGACUCCUUUUAUUAUCGCUGCCGUUAUUGGAGUGCUGUUGAACUUGGUUCUUCCUUAUGAUGGUAACAAGAAAUUGGCUGUGAUCGAAGGACACGAGAGACGAGUCACUCUUCCUAGCUAG